CAGAUCGUAGUUUGGCCGAGAUCCAGUAAAACUGAUAGUGUUUGUGUGGGUGUGCGUGUCCUUGUCAGGGUGAAGCGAGGCAGCACAGCUCAACACACCGACACAGACAUGAAUCACUUUCUGAAAGUUCCAGUUCUGUUUGGCCGGGCCUUCAGCAGCUCUGCCAGACAGCUGAAGAACAAAGUCCCCGAGGCCCAGAAGUUUUUCCAGGAGGACAACGGGUUGCCAGUCCACAUCAAGGGAGGAACCGGGGACGUCCUGCUCUACCGGGCGACCAUGACACUCACUUUAGCAGGAACCUGCUACUCUCUGUACUGGCUGCUCAUUGCUUCGAUGCCUCAGAGGAAAGGAUAGAGAAGAAACGACCCCGGGCUCGGCCUUUGGCACGGAGAAUGACGCUCGCCUCCGUCUAACGCUUACGUUUAUUGUGUACGAUUCCACUUGAUUUUAUCACAAGCCGUCCUACUUUCAUCAUGGCAACGAUGAAUAUGUAUAAAGUUUAAAAGAUGUUUAAUUUGA